AGGAAUCUUGAAACCUAACUUUAUAAUACAGCGACGUCGAGUAUUUAUGCCGGCGUGAUUAUCAGAGAGAAUUGACGUGAUUUCCUCGACAACAGAUGGCGCUUUGCAGACGUUUCAUUUUGUUCUGCUUCACGUUAUUGGGGAUUUUUGUAUUAACCGUUUAUCUGCUUCUGACGCGCGCUAUAACAUUACGGCAUAGAGGUCCCAAUUCCAUGGAAACAUUACUAUCUGAAACACUCACUCCACAGGUGGACGUUGAUCUACAGAUUGAGGAAAGACUAGAGGAGAGGAAACGACGCUUAAAGAAGUUCUGUGAAUCCUACAAGAAGAAAAACGAACAACUCGCGAAAGAAAGCUACCAUCACGUUAUCGUGAGCGAGAAAUACAAGCUGUUGUAUUGUUACAUACCUAAGGUGGCGUGCACGCAAUGGAAGAAAAUAUUUCUCAUUCUUCAUGACAAAACACAAGGAAUUCAAUACAACGAACACGAGAAGUACCACGAGAAAUGGCGAUUUAAUUAUCUAAGCCAAUACUCUGAAGGAGCGAUUCAAAGACGACUUCGACAUUACUACAAAUUUCUCUUCGUCCGAGAACCGUUUGAAAGACUGUUAUCGGGUUUCGAGGAUAAAUUUGUUUCGAAUAUUUGGAAUUGGGCCGAAACCCCGCAUCAUACCAGCGAGAUCUUAAACCGCUAUCGCAAAGAGCAUCCAAAUACUACCGGCGAUAUAACAUUAACAAAGUUUAUUCACUACGUUUUAAGUCUAAGAGAUGAAGCUAGAAAUGAACAUUGGCGAAGUUACCAAGGUCUUUGUCAUCCUUGUGCUGUUGAUUACGAUUUCAUUGGUCAUUUUGAGAACUUACGGCAAGAAGCCCCGUACCUUUUGAAGAAGACAGGAUUGGAUAAUAUCAUCGCUUUUCCACCGAUAAAAUCGCUGAACACCUCGAGGAAAGUACUCGAAAGAUAUUCCGAGGUACCGAAGCACAUGAUUUUACAACUGGGAGACGCCUUUAAAAACGACCUUCAAAUGUUUAACUAUCCAUUUCCUGGUCCUCUCGCAGCGCUGAAUAUUACCAGCGGAUAAAAAUCUGGCAAACAGUCCCGUGACCAUACUCACAUGAGACCAGAAGAGAUGACCAGUUAAUAGAGCAGAGGCGUGCGAUAACUGAGGGUUAAAACGGCAGUGUUUGUAUAUGUGGUUGGAGAGGGACCUUGCAAAAAUAUUAAAGUAUAUGCCAACAGGAAUGCCCCUACGCAGAGUUUCAGCUAUUGUCACGACUCUGCAAAUCCAAAAUCUCCAGAUAAAAUUAUAGACAUCAAGUUAAUGUUUUUAUUUAAAAAUAGAAAAAUAUUAAUAAUCUUCAUUUACCAACGGCAGUGUUUCUUGCAGAAAGGCCAGUGAGUCCGAGCAAACAAAUGAAACAAAUAAUUCAAAUUUAAAAAUAAUAUUGUGACGAAUUAUACUUCUACAAUAACAAUGAUUCGCGGUAAAAUUGUAGAUUGCCCGUGACAGUGACAUUGCCUUCACUGUUGUGUCUUUUAAUGGCAGUUAUAGUUGGUUAUCGUAAUUACUUUGCUGCUAGUUUUACGACACUCCGUUAAAACCUACUCUACGGGACGGACCAUUAGUUUUUGAGAAGGGUCGGGUGGUUGGGCAAUUUCCGCACCCUCCAUCCCCCCCCCCAAAAAAAAUAAUGCGCAGCUUAAAGUGCUGAAAGAAAAAAUCGUGCAACGGGAGCUGUGAUCGAGAAAGUGCUUUCCGCUAACCAGGUCCUGUGUUUGACUUUAAAAAAAAUAUAUUGCCGAACCCGUUCCCCCUCCCCCGUCCCCCCUUCUCAAAAAAUAAUAGUCGAUCCCUACGUCAGAAUGGACAAAAGUUCUCAUAAAGUUCUUUUGCAUUACAGCCGGGUGAAUGGCAUAUUGCAGUUGUAAUUAUUUUCGCCAGUAGCACGUCGUUUUAUGGCAAUAAACAGAUAAGUGCUUCCCCAAACUGUUACCACUACCAUGUUUAUCACCGCCACCAGAAUGUGCCUCUUCCAAGUUUUGCGCCAAACCGCCAUGAUGGGCAUGUUCUGGUAGCGAGUUUCAAUGGCUAUUGACACACUGGUGAAAAACCACUCAAUGGCCAGUGUAACUGAUGUAGUGAUGGCAAACGACUGCAGCAGGGGCAAGGGAGAAUUGUCGCUUGUGUAAAAAUACUGAUAGAGAUACAGGUAGCCAUUCACGGAGAUAAUAGCGCUUGAUUCAUACAGCAUGCUCAUGAUGUUAAUAUCCGCUCCCAGUCUCUCGCGGCGAGGAGUACGGAACCCUCCCCAGGGAACUUUUCUUCUUUCGAAAACCUGAUGGCUUAUGUGGUCUAUUAAAACCGUAGUACUACGUUCAACGACUUCUGCUACGCCAUGGAUUACUCCAAUUACGACAACGGAUUGGAACUUAAAUAAUCUGAGAUCCACUUGUAACAGUCUCAGCAUUACCGCUGCCCCACAGUACAGUGGGACCAACAGCACGAAUGAGGUUCCUGGAUGACUGAUUCGCGACAACCGCUGAACACAAACUCGCGACACUACUUUGACAACAAGUGUUAUAAGGGGAGUGAAGAUUGCAAUUACCAUUUUUCCGCUUUUCCCUUCGCCUCUGUAGGUUGGGUAGAUCAAAUAAGCGAUAAUAACAGCCAUGAAAUAUGAUAAGAUACAAGGAGUUGUAGUGAGCAGGAACAUUCUGCAGAGCACCUUUCGGGGGCCUUGGCAAAGAUGCUUUACAAUCAUACACGCUUGUGUGCAAACGCACAGAAAAAAAAGAGCUAUCAAAGGAAUUUUCUGUGUAUUCGUCAACUUGGUGCGAGUGAUUCCAAAAGCUUGAAAAAAAAUGCGAUAAGCCGCAUCCAUAACGUAGAAGGUCAAACAUAACAGGAAGAGUUUGAGCUUAAGUCCUGAGAUCUGAAACGAUCGAAAGUAAAACAGAGUGUUUAGAAAGAACCAGUAAAAGUAAGCGGAACAGACGAUCACUUCUGAAAUAGUCCUCAUCCAUUGGAGUUUCUCUGGGAUCGACUUAGUGGAGAAACUUUCGCAUUUGAGCAAAGUUUGAUAGCUAAGGUAGUAGAUCAGAAUUGACACGAUUCCGACCAUGGUAGCACUCAAAAUUGAUAUCAGAAAUCCAAAAUAAAAUGAUUGCCAAAGUGAACGAAAAAGUGACGGUCUAAUUUGCUUCCAAGCCAUUGCUCUAUCUUUAGUGGCGACGUCCUGCGUUCGUUCUGUGUCUUCUGUGGAGGAGGCAUCGAUUAGCCUAGCAUGUACUCGACUAGACUCUAGAUUAUCAAACUCUGUUGCGUCACUGUUGCUGUAUUCUUGGUAAAUAAGAUCAUCUACCGGUUGACGGUACCAUUCGAAGCCCGUGUCCUCUAGAGGAUUGUAGCCGAGCAGGUGUGAAUUCUGGUCUGCUUCAUCCCUAAAGCUGUAGUGUUCGGCGACGCUGCGAGUGAAACUGUACACGAUGUGUACAAUGAUCUCUACAACGGUAUGGCCAACCAUAUUUACAUGGCAAGGAUCGAUAAA